AGUUAACAGAGAUGACAUUAGGCUAACGGAGGCACUCGUAAGUCUCAAAAACAAAUCUCACAGCAUUUUGUAAAUGGGUUUUUUUAUUUGUGAGCGAGACUUGUUAGAAUCAAAUCCAAUAUUUCAGCUGCUGAGCGCCGACACAUGGACGUAUGAAAACUAUAUAAUUGACACCACCUAGGGGCUCAUUCACCAGAAUCACCACAAACCACCCUUCUAUUUGACACGGCAACUCAACCCUCUUAAAUUGCCCCACCUGCCUAUCCAACUCUCUCUUCCAUUCCUAUCCUUUUUCUGUUAUUCUCAUAAAUAUAAAAACAGGCAGGCUUCGACUGAUACUGCCACUACAUCCUGUAUUCGCUUAUCAUUUAUCCAUUUUCUUUCCCUUUAUGCAAAAAAUGACUCUUUCUCUUGAGGGGCUGAAAUCUAGAACUCUGUUUUUGGUGGUGGUUUUGUUAUGUGCAUGUUGUGGCUCCGGCACCAGCACCACCACAGAUUUAUUACACGCCGAGUGCUUAAAGGUAAGCCCAGCCGAAUUCGCCAGUACAGUUAAGGACACCAUCGAUACUGUACAACAGGUCGUCUCUAUUCUCUCUCCGUUUGCCAAUACUUUUGGUGAUUCUCGCCUUUCCAAUGCCAUCUCCGACUGUCUUGAUUUGCUUGAAUUUUCUUCUGACGAGCUCAGUUGGUCGGUCUCUGCUACCCAGAAUCCAAAAGGUAAAGAUAACAGCACCGGGAAUCUAAGUUCUGAUCUGAGAACGUGGUUGAGCGCUGCACUAAUUAAUCAAGAAACAUGCAGCGAUGGAUUCGAAGGAACCAGCAGUAUUGUGAAAGGUUUGGUGUCCUCUGGUCUGAGCCAAGUUACAUCUUUGGUCCAAAACCUUCUAACCCAGGUGCACCCAGUCAAAUCCGAACAGCCCACCAAAAAGGACCGGUUCCCUUCAUGGGUCAUAACCCGGGAUCGAAAACUUCUUCAAGCAAAUGGGGUUUCUGUGGAUGUGGUAGUUGCAUCAGACGGUAGUGGGAACUUCACAAAUGUGAUGGACGCAGUCUUGGCAGCACCAGAUUACAGCAUGAAACGCUAUGUGAUAUACAUCAAGAGAGGGAUUUACAAAGAGAAUGUGGAGAUCAAGAAGAAGAAAUGGAAUCUAAUGAUGAUCGGAGAUGGUAUGGGUGCUACUGUAAUAUCCGGCAAUCGGAGUUUCAUCGACGGUUGGACCACAUUUCGAUCUGCUACAUUCGCUGUGAGUGGCCGAGGCUUCAUAGCACGUGACAUAACGAUAGAGAACACAGCAGGCCCAGAAAAGCACCAGGCCGUGGCAAUGAGAUCGGACUCGGACCUAUCAGUGUUUUACAGGUGUGAGUUUAAGGGCUACCAAGACACACUAUACACCCACACCAUGCGCCAAUUCUUCCGCGAAUGCCGAAUCAGCGGCACCAUCGAUUUCAUCUUCGGCGACGGAACCGUGGUAUUUCAGAACUGCCAUAUUAUGGCCAAGAAAGGUCUGCCAAAUCAAAAGAACACCAUUACGGCCCAAGGACGCAAGGACCCGAAUGAACCCUCGGGCUUCUCUAUCCAAUUCUGCAAUAUCACUGCGGAUUCGGACCUGAUUCCUUCGGUCAACACCACCCCCACGUAUCUUGGUAGGCCAUGGAAGCUCUACUCCCGGACCGUCAUCAUGCAGUCUUUCCUUAGCAAUGUCGUUUGGCCGGAAGGGUGGCUCGAAUGGAAUGGUGAUUUUGCUUUGGAUACUUUGUUUUAUGGGGAAUAUCAGAAUUAUGGGGCCGGUGCGGGUCUAGGAAAACGGGUCAAGUGGCCAGGUUAUCGCCAGUUUAAUGACUCGACUCUGGCAAGCAAUUAUACGGUGACCCAAUUUAUUGAAGGAAAUCUGUGGUUGCCUUCAACAGGUGUUGCGUACACUGCUGGAUUGGGGGUGUAAAAAUAAUAUGAAUAUAAAAUUCACCCUUUGCCUCAUUAUCCCCUUCUUUAUUUUAUUCUUUUUAAUGCCUUGGCGUAUGCUUUUUUCUCUUUUCUUUACCUUUUUUUUUUUUCUUUUGUUCCCUAAGCUUUUUAGUUACAAUUUAUCCAAUUCUAUGUACGUAGGCCUCCUUUUUCUA